AUGGACAUCACCACGUGCGAGGAGUACAUGUAUCUUCUGGAAGCUUCAGUAACCAAGUUAACGAAAGCCUUCGACGGUCUACAAGACGCCACCGACGAAGAAGAAGAUCAACUAGACAAACUCGUCGUUUUCAACGACGCUAGCCAAUACGCAAUCGCGGCAUGUGCGUAUCUCACCUCGCGAGAAGAAUCUAACAUCAUUAUGGCAAAAUCCAAAUUGCCGUCCAUCAAGACUUCGAUGACGAUUCCCAACUUGGAGAUGAAUGCACUGGCGCUGGGCGAGGUGAUUCUAUACACAGACUCGGAUAUCGUGUUAGAAUGGAUAAGAACCCCUCCAUCACGGCAAAGCGCAGGCAUUUUAGUCACAAAGCGACUAUCAGAGUUUAGACGAAUCAGCAAUGAUCUCCGCAGUCAGAACACUAUGUGUCUCUUCGGACACGUCUCAACGGCAGAAAACCCAGCCGAUUGCGGAACAAGAGGACUAUCAGCAGAAGCUUUACAGAACCACAUCUGGUGGACAGGACCUGAAUUCACCAACAGACCGGAUCAUUCAAAGCUGAGUACGGUUGCUGAUUUCGAACAAUCGACAAUGAUGUCAGUGGAGACAGUAACUCUGAACUCGUCAGAAGAGGUAUCUAAGGACGAAGUGGUCGACUUAAGCAGAUACAGCACCCUUGAGAAAGCUCAGAGAGUGCUAGUAUAUGCACUUCGAUUCAUAAACAGAUCCCUGAGUCAUAUUCCUCACGAAAGAAGAUUGGCAAUACAACGACACAUACCGGCUCUCCCCCCACAAUAG